AUGAUCCCCAAGUCCCAAAAGGCGACGCACGCGCCUCAGGCUAUGAAUACCCUUGAAAGUUCAGGGCCGAGUGCGGGACAAGAUUUGAUGGAAGAGAUCAAGAAGUCGGUCUUCGCCGAGUCCGCUGGCAAAUAUGGUGUCCUCAGAUGUUUUGUCCGCGUUGCCAAAGCAGAGCAGCUCGGCGUGGACCACGACAGCUUCAACGGUCUCUGCUGGGAGUUCUCUUCAGCGGGCAAGUUGGCUAGGCACUUCAUCUCUUUGCAUCUCGACGCCCUCCCUGCAGACGCGAUGUUUGUUUGUCCUAUGUGCCAAAAGACUCUGAUCCAUAAGAAGCAUGUUCAGAACCACAGCGACAAGGUCCAUGGGAUUUGCAUGGAUAUCAUCUUCACAAGACCACCGAAGAAGAGAAACUGA